UCUUUUUUGGUUACAAGAUUAAGACUUCCAUUUUCCACUCUCCAUAACUCACAACUAAAACCCUAAUCUAAAACCUCACAGAUUUCUCGUGGUCCGAAGAGCUAGAGGAGAUAAGAACUAAAAAUGGCAUCUUCAAGGUUGUUCACUCUUCUAGGGCCCUCAAUUCUACGCAGUUCCCGCAAUGUUUCUCCGAUGCUAUCCCUUAAAUUCAAUACAUUCUGCCUUCUUCCUCCCCGGCCCUUCAAGCAAUUCAGUUCCUCCGCGCUGACAUUCGAUUCCGGUGAUUCUAUUCUCACUAGUGAUGAUUCUUCUGCAGUCUCUGUUCACCCCUGGCCUGAAUGGGUUAAUUUUAUUGACCGGCUGAAGGCCAAAGGAUACAUUACUCAAAAUGCGGCGGCUUUGGAAAAUGGUGGAAGUGAUGAAGAAGGGGUAGUUGCUUACACAGACAUGAAGUUCGUUAAGGACGCGUGUCUGAGCUUCGGACGUGACCGUUUUGACAUUUUCAAGUCAUUGUCCAGACAAGAUAUUCAAACGAUUGUAGAGAAAGGUUGUCCUAGUCUAUUCAGAAAGGCAGUGAACUCAGCGAAAAGGUUGAGAGCAUAUCUAGGACUUGACGAAGGAGACGUUUGCGGUUCGUGUGAUCUCCGUGGAUCAUGUGAUAGAGCAUAUAUUAUGCUAAAUGACUCUGAAGCUGCUGCACGUACAGUAGAUGUAGUUCGUAUAAUAUUACUCUAUGCCUUGGAUCCCCUUCUUAUUUCUGGUGAAAAUAAGCUUCCAGGUCACGUGCUUGUUGAAUCAUCUGCAAGGAAAUUGCUCUCAGAGUUGAUUGAGCUUGGCGACACACCUCCUGACCCUGAUCUUCCAAAGCCUGUUGCCGUGACUUCUCAAAGAAGGAAGCAGUCUGUUGAUUUAUUGGACAAUGAAACCUCAAAAAAUGUGGACAUGAAGCCAGGAGAUUGGGUGUGUGCCAAGUGCAAAUUUAUGAACUUCUCCAGAAAUAUAAGAUGCCUAAAAUGUAAAGCAGAGGGACCAAAUCGCGUACCUGUUGAUGGAGUUGAAAAGAAAAAGGGGGAUUGGGACUGCCCUCAGUGUUCCUAUAUGAAUUUUGCAAGCAACAGGCAGUGUUUCCGCUGCCAAGGGCCACGGCCCCAGAGACAACUAAAACCUGGGGAUUGGGAGUGCCCCAGUUGUGAUUUUAUGAAUUUUAGUCGUAAUACUGUCUGCAAAAGAUGCAAUCUCGAUCGCCCUCAAGAGUCUACAUUCCAGAUUAACGAACAUACUUGGAGGAAGCCUUAUUAAGUUGCUUACUUUAUAAGUCAAACCUUUUAAGUUGCCUAUGAAAUUAUGCUUGCACAGGAGUGGGAACUCAAAUAUUUGAAGAUCGAUUGGCGUGAAGUGGAAGGAUGAUAAAUUGGGUGAUUUGACUUGGUUUUGAGCUGAUUUUCGGGUAGAGGUUUUCUGUGUAAUAUUUCUUUUGAAUUUGCUUGUUCUUACACUGUAUCUUUCUUGAAGGAAUUUAGUUUACUAUGGGAAAACGUUUCGUCGUAUGAGAAAGAUAUAAAUAAUUGUAGGUAAUAGUAUGGAAUUUUGAAGCCGCUCUUGGCUAGGUCCAGUGCCGCAAGUAACUACUUGGGAUUUGUACAGCCAUAGGUUCAGAAUUCUGCAGUGCUAAAGUGGUACUCGGGGUUCAUCUUGACCACAGUCUCGUAUCACUGCUAUUCUAAGGCCAUGUUUACUAGUCAUUUUGGGAUAAUGUUGAAUUAUAUUAGUUGAUGAUAAUUUUGGUGAUUGGUUGGGAUGAGACUAAUAUAAAACACUUUUAACUAGUACAAAAUCA